CCCCGGCCCUCACGGUGGUUCUGCCCUUCCCCCAGAACCCCGAGCUGGUGGCCCGGCUGGAGCGGAUAAAAGCCAAGCUGGCCAACGAGGAGUACCGGCGGAUGACCCGCAACAUCACCGGCCAGGAGAUGAACGGGACAUUGGCUGAAUUUGGGAGACAAGUUCGCUCUGUUAAAGCCGUUGUCAUCACCAUAUUCAACUUCAUUGUCACCGUGGUGGCUGCCUUCGCCUGCGCAUACCUGGGCAGCCAGUACAUCUUCAUGGAGACCGCGGCGCGCGUCCUGUCAGCGGUAAUCGUGGCCUCAGUGGUUGGCUUGGCCGAGCUGUACGUAAUGGUGCGGACCCUUGAAGGGGACCUUGGGAAACUGUAA